AGAUUUAAUUGUUUAGGUUUUACUCCAGAACUUCAACGAGAUUUCAUAAAAUUAGAUUUGGGGCCAACACUAGAGAAGGCCGGGUAUGGCAUCAAUACUACACAACUCAUGAUAUACGACGACAACAUAAAGAAACUACACGACUGGGCGUCAGUCAUAUACGGCGACAAAGAGGCGGCCAAAUACGUGAGUGGAAGUGCUUUCCAUUGGUAUCAAAACCAGAAUAGCAGUCAAGUGAUCGACAUAUUGGAUAAGACACGAGCAGUCAAUCCAAACAAAUACCUCAUGAGUACUGAGGCCUGUGAGGAGUGGAGGGACGGACAGCCAGAGCACGUCCGACUCGGCAGUUGGAGUCUCUUUGAGAGAUACGCCAAAGACAUUAUAAUUGAUCUAAACCAUUGGUCGAGCGGAUGGGUUGACUGGAACCUGGCGUUGGACACAACCGGUGGCCCGAAUUGGGUCAAGAAUUUUGUCGAUUCACCCGUUAUAGUAAACGCCACGAGUGAGGAGUACUACAAACAGCCGUUUUUCUAUGCUUUGGGACAUUACAGCAAAUUCUUGACUCCCGGUUCUCAACGCGUAUAUCAAACACACGACCAAAAUGUGGAUAAAUUGCAAACAACGAGUUUUGUCCGCACAGACGGAGGGACUGUUGUUAUUGCACUCAAUUUAGGCGACGAUCCCAUAGAUAUUACUAUCAAUGACUCCCAAACCCACCAAAAAGUUUCCCAUACUUUGAGUCCGCGUUCAAUACAAACAUAUCUUUAUUAUAACUAA